AUGGCAUUUUACCAGUUUCUCAAACAUGAAGGUUACGGGAAAACAAAACUUUAUUUCAUGGUAGAACUCCUUUACCUCAUCAUGUUCCUCGUGCUACGAGGAGUAUUGGGCACCUACCUGAUGUACUUGGUGUUCAAAACGGAUUACUUCGACUUGGAGGAAAAGCUUCUAUCAUUAACAUUUUACCUGGUUUCCCUAGCUUUUGUUUACGACAUAGCUGGUUAUAUACGCUACAAGUACAGAAAUGAAAUAAGUGAAUUCCGAGAAUUCUACUAUGCAACCCAGAUUUAUACAGAGUCUGAAGAUUUUCAACGAAGAGCACAACAGUUUCAUUCUGAUAUUGCAAACACAAUGUAG